AUGCUGAUAAGUGCAAUCGAGACAGUGCCACAUCCUAAACAAACAGAACAACAUACAAUUUCAGCUAGAGAAUCAUAUGACUUGAACAUUGGUGCCGGUGUCGAAAAUGAAAAGGAUGAUUUGCAAGGCUCUUCCUCGUUUGGUUAUGGCUACUAUUCGUAUCCAUAUUUAGGUGGUGGCUACUAUGGUGGAUAUUAUCCUUCCUAUGGUGGCAUUUAUGGAUUAGGUUAUCCCUAUUAUGGUGGCUACUAUGGCGGUUAUCCUGGUUUCCAUGGUCAUUACUGGUAG